AUGAUCCCGGCGGCGGCCGGUGCAGCGCGGGCCACAGGCGCGGCGCGCGAAACAUUGGGCUCCCCGGCGGAGCGAGGCGGCGGGCGGACGGACAGGCGCGGGACUCUGGAGCCCAGGGCCCGGCUUUGUUUUCCUUGCCUCCUCGGCGGCGACGCUCUGGGGUCGUCCGAUCGGCGCAGGACACCGCGCUCGGAAGGGAAGGGGAGGACAAAAAAAGACCAAAUGGCCAAGCAACCUUCUGAUGUAAGUUCUGAGUGUGACAGAGAAGGUGGACAAUUGCAGCCUGCUGAGAGGCCUCCCCAGCUUAGGCCUGGGGCCCCUACCUCCCUACAGACAGAACCGCAAGACAGGAGUCCGGCACCCAUGAGUUGUGACAAGUCAACACAAACUCCAAGUCCUCCUUGCCAGGCCUUCAACCAUUAUCUCAGUGCAAUGGGUAAGCCAUACCCGGAGCUUCACGUUCCUGAGGAGAGCUGUGGCCUGUCCCUCGAUGAUGUUGAUGAUAAAGGGCUGCUGGCUCCUAUUGCUGUGGCCCAUGGCCAAGGGGACAAGAGAGGGCUAUGCUGGUGA